AUGACUAAUACGUCAUCAUCUACACCUGAUCCGAUGCAGAAUAUGCAACAACAGGCCAUGCCAUUCGCGAUGCCGCCAUUCUACGGCAAUCCCUUCAUGUCUCCAUUUAUGCCCCAGGGAGCUCCAGAAGGCCAAGCACCGGCAAUGCCCCCAAAUUUUGGCCCACAACCGCCGAUGGCAGGUAAUAAUGGGCAGAUGGGGUUCUUUGUGACGCCGGCGCAAUAUCAGGAGAUGAUGCAGCAGUAUUUUCAGCAAAUGAUGGCUUCAGCCGCCUUCAACAUGCCAUUCCCCAUGCAGCAACAAUUUGCAAGACCGGAGAGUCAGGCGAGCUCCAUCAAAGCCGACGAAUCGUUGGGAGCAGCUAUUGGCCAGCUUGACAUCUCCGACCGGAACUUGAGUCCGAAACCGACGAAAGAUGAACUGAUCACCUGCAAUGGCGAAUCCUCCUCCGAAACUCGAGCAUCAACAUCGAACAAAGAAAAUACCCCAAAUGACGAUACCGAAUCGGUGGCUUCGUCGAAAAGCGCUGAAAAUUCCUCUUCGGAAGCGGCCAAUGGCCCCCGGAAGUCCUCCACCGAAACUGGCCCCCAACCCGGCGACAAGGAAAGCCGCACAGCCUCCCUCAUCCAAAAACAAAUGUCCGAAAUCGAGAAGGAAAUCACCCGGCGGACACAGAAUAAGAAUAUCAAACAGGCUGCCCUCCCCUUCAGUUCCGGCCAACCGGAACAAACGGAACAACCCGGAAAACAGACGCUCAACCAGCUGCGAUCUUCCUUUAAUCUGCCACCGGAAGGGGCCGGACUUCCGCCCAAUUCCCUGCAACAACAGCUACAAAAUACGGCGGAACCCGACUUUUUCCAUCAGCCUCCAAUGGCUGCCCCGAUCCCUCAACAAUCUCAAAAUGGUCAUCAUCCGGCUGUUGUUGAGACGCCUUCCAUUGCCAGUAUCGCCCAGGCGAGGUUGAGCAUGGGACAACCGGGUGGAUUGAUCGAACCUCCGCCCCAGGCCGCGAAUCCCGUCAAGAAAAGGACCUCGCACUCCUCGGAAAAUGGAGGCCCAGAAGGCGAUGAGCCCGUUUGGGUGAUGAGGGAUAGCUAUUUGAGACGACUGCAAAGAGAUCAAGAACAAACUACAACAACAACACCAUCUACAGUAUCUGGGGAAUGGCCAAAUGAGCAUCAUCAACAAUCACCCACAAAUGAGCAAGGACCGGAGAGGGAUGAACAGGAAACUGAUAGACUACUCGUCGAAAAGGACGUCUCACCCGCCAAAGACCGACGAGCCUCCCAUAAAUCGUCGAAAGAAACCCUUGUACACGAGCCAGCAGUUCUGAUCGAGGGCGUCCUCUUCCGUGCUCGAUACCUUGGAUCGACACAGCUGGUGUGUGAGGGGAGAUCGACAAAGACGGCGCGAAUGGCACAGGCGCAGGAGGCCGUCGCUAGGGUCAAGGCACCAGAAGGAGAACUCCAGCCCUCCACCGACAUUGACCUCUUCAUCUCCACCGAGAAGAUCAUGGUCCUCAACACUGAUCUACAGCGGAUAUCGGACACGGACGUGCGGCAGGAUAUUCUGAUGGAUCACGCGCUGCGAACAAUCUCCUACAUCGCCGAUAUCGGUGACUUGGUGGUGUUGAUGGCGAGGAGGAUGGCAUCAUCGGGGAGUGAUGAUGCUUGUAAUAGAAGUGAUGGCGUCCGAAAAAGCGCCCGCGUCAUCUGCCACGUCUUCGAGUCAGAAGAGGCGGCAUUCAUCGCUCAGAGCAUCGGACAGGCAUUCCAGGUAGCCUACGUCGAAUUCCUCCGCGCCAACGGCAUCGACGACCCCUCCUACCUCCGACAAAUCGACUAUCAAGAAGUGUUGAACUCGCAGGAGCUGCUGGGGGAGGAGCUGGAGAUGUUCUCGAGGAAAGAAACACAAAAGGACGUCGUCAUCCCGAAAAAACCAGGAGAGGCAUUGGGAGUUGUCGUGGUGGAAUCUGGAUGGGGAAGCAUGCUGCCUACUGUGGUAUUGGCACAUAUGGCACCAACUGGACCGGCAGCUAGAUCUAACCAACUGAACGUCGGCGAUCAAAUCAUCAACAUCAACGGCAUCUCAUUAGUGGGUCUCCCCCUAUCGGCAGCCCAAAAGAAUAUACAGAACGCAAAAACAGCAACCGCCGUCCGAUUGACAGUCGUGAGCACACCGCCCGUUGUCGAGGUUCGAAUCCGAAGACCGGAUACAAAGUACCAACUCGGCUUCUCGGUCCAGAAUGGUGUCAUCUGUUCGUUGUUGCGUGGCGGAAUCGCUGAGAGGGGAGGCAUUCGGGUCGGACAUCGCAUUAUUGAGAUCAAUCACCAUUCCGUCGUUGCCGUGGCGCACGAUCGAAUCGUCAACAUGCUGGCAACGGCUGUCGGCGAGAUUCAGAUGAAAACCAUGCCGACGAGCAUGUUCCGCCUCUUGACAGGACAGGAGAUUCCGAAUUACAUC